GCUCCGCCGCGAGGAGCCCUUGGGACCCUCCUCUGUUGCAGCUGCAACGGCAGCCGCGGCCGGGCGCGCUCCCCGCUCAGUGACCGGCCCUUCUCUCGCCUGCCGCCGCCGCCUCGCCGCAGCCGCGCUCCCCCGGGGCACCAUGUCGGGGGACGCCGCCGGCAGCGGCCCCCCGAGCCCGCGCUUCCUGGUGCCGCCGCCGCCGCCGCCCAAGAACGGUUCCAGCUCGGACAGCUCCGUCGGAGACAAGCUGGGAGCCGCCGAGCACGGAGCCUCCGGCGCCGGUGGAGCUGGCGGCGGACCGGGGAACGGGGGCCGCAGCGAGGAGUACCGGCGCCGCCGCCACACCAUGGACAAGGACAGCCGAGGGGCGGCAGCCACUGAGCACCGCUUCUUCCGCCGGAGCGUGAUCUGCGACUCCAACGCCACGGCCUUGGAGCUGCCCAGCCUGCAGCCCGCGGCGCCCUCGGCCCCUGUCUCCGGAGGCAGCGCGGCGCCCUCGGUGUUCCCUGCCGAGGGUGCCGGCCGGACCGCUUACGCCCCGCUCGGCGUCGCCGAGACCGACUCGCGGCCGUCGCCGCCCGUGCCGCUCCCCCUGGAAGGACAGGCUGCCGAGGAGCCCCCGGCCGCCAAGGAUGCCGCCCCGCUGCUGCCCAAGGAGGAGGAGGAGGAGGGGGAUGAGGCAACUGCGCUACCCCCUACCAGUGCCGCUGGCAGCCUGUCAGCUGCCAGCCGGGAAUUCGAGGAGCGGAGAACACAGCAGGAAGACAUCGAAGAGCUUGAGACCAAGGCGGUGGGCAUCUCCCCGGAUGGCCGCUUCCUGAAGUUUGACAUCGAGAUUGGAAGAGGCUCUUUCAAAACUGUGUAUAAAGGACUGGAUACUGAUACCACUGUGGAAGUUGCCUGGUGCGAGCUACAGGAUCGGAAGCUGUCCAAGUCAGAGCGACAAAGAUUUAAAGAGGAAGCUGGGAUGCUGAAAGGGCUUCAGCAUCCCAAUAUUGUCAGGUUCUAUGAUUCCUGGGAGUCCACAGUCAAAGGAAAAAAGUGCAUUGUUCUUGUGACGGAACUCAUGACAUCUGGAACAUUAAAAACGUAUCUGAAAAGAUUUAAAGUGAUGAAAAUUAAAGUGCUACGAAGCUGGUGCCGUCAGAUCCUGAAAGGCUUACAAUUCCUACACACACGCACUCCUCCUAUCAUUCAUAGAGACUUGAAAUGUGACAACAUCUUCAUUACUGGCCCCACUGGAUCAGUCAAGAUUGGAGACCUUGGUCUGGCGACCCUGAAAAGAGCUUCUUUUGCCAAAAGUGUCAUAGGUACCCCAGAGUUCAUGGCCCCCGAGAUGUAUGAGGAGAAAUAUGAUGAGUCCGUUGAUGUAUAUGCUUUUGGGAUGUGUAUGCUAGAGAUGGCCACGUCUGAGUAUCCUUAUUCUGAGUGCCAAAAUGCCGCGCAGAUCUACCGCCGAGUGACCAGUGGUGUCAAGCCAGCCAGCUUCGAUAAAGUAGCAAUCCCUGAAGUGAAGGAGAUUAUUGAGGGAUGCAUUCGGCAAAACAAAGGCGAAAGAUAUGCUAUUAAGGACCUUCUGAAUCAUGCUUUCUUCCAAGAAGAGACUGGAGUACGGGUAGAACUUGCAGAGGAAGAUGAUGGAGAAAAAAUUGCCAUUAAACUCUGGCUGCGAAUUGAAGACAUCAAAAAACUCAAGGGCAAAUAUAAAGAUAAUGAGGCAAUAGAGUUUUCAUUUGAUUUGGAAAGAGAUGUCCCAGAGGAUGUAGCACAGGAAAUGGUGGAGUCUGGCUAUGUCUGUGAAGGGGAUCACAAGACAAUGGCGAAGGCUAUCAAGGACAGGGUAUCUUUGAUUAAGCGCAAGCGAGAGCAGCGCCAGUCGGUGCAAGAAGAACAGGAGAACAUACUCCAGGAAGAAGGUAGUCAGAAGCAGCAGCUGGAGCAACAGCAGCCAUCAAGUGCUUCCCAUGCAGGGUCAAAGCAUCCCCAGUCUGUCACUGGUACCGCUCCUGUCCCCACUGCUUCAGCAUCGGUUUCUACACAAGUGGAGCCUGAGGAGCCGGAGGCUGAUCAACACCAACAGCUGCAGUUCCAGCAACCCAGUAUAUCUGUUCUUUCUGAUGGGACAGUUGACAGUGGCCAGGGCUCGUCUGUGUACACUGAAUCUGUGAGCAGUCAGCAGACUGUGUCCUAUGGCUCCCAGCACGAGCAGCCGGUGUCCAGCACUGCAGUCCAGGGCUUCCCAGCCUCGGUGGGCCAAGGGCAGUCGCAGCAGCACGGAGGAUUCCAGGCACCUGCAGCGCCUCAACGUGGUCGUAGCAUGUCAGUUUGUGUCCCCCACCUUCCUGCUCUUCCCUGUAUGUCCUGCAUCCCUCUCAGUGCUCCUUGCACCCCACCACCAGCGCUGUCUGCACCUCUUUCUCCUUUCUACCUUCGGACUGUCCCUGAAGAGACCUUUGCAGAAAAGCUUUCUAAAGCCCUGGAAAGUGUCCUGCCCAUGCACUCUGCCUCUCCACGCCAGCACCGACGCUCCAGCCUGCCCUCCCUCUCUGUCACUCCUCCUCAGCAUCCUCGUGGGGGAACACCACCGUUCCCAGACUCACAGAUAUUUUUCCCAACCGUUCAUGAACGGCCGGUGUCUUUCUCACCACCGCCUGCCUGCCCGCCGAAGGUGGCAAUUGCUCAGCGGCGCAAGAGCACUUCAUUUUUGGAAGCCCAAACUUGCCACUUCCAGCCCUUGCUGAAGACUGGCCAGAGUUUAGUCCCACCCGGUGGUAGUCCCACCAAUUGGACUCCAGAGGCAUUUGUUAUGCUGGGCACAGCAGCUCAGAGAGUCGCUGGAGAGCCUCUGCACGUGCAAGUUAAUCCCGUGUUUGAGCAAGCUCCUGUCCACAGCGACUAUAGAUCUGGACCAACACCUCCAGAGGAUGCUCACUACAGGAUGCAUCCAGAAGCUGUGUAUUUGGUGGGCAUGCACUAUCCAUCACAGGUAUCGGAGCAGUAUGAUCGAGUAGCUUAUAACUCUCACGCGGCCGAACAGCAUUUGAAGCAGGUCUCUGAGUCAAACCAUGGGCAAGGUGGUCCUCCACAAAGCUCUGUGUUCGACUUUCAAUCGGGCCAAACAUACGUGGCAAGACACGUUCAGAAGCUGAGGCUGGACUCUGGGCUGGGUCCCCUGUCUCCGCUGCCCAGUGUUUCAGCUCCCCUGGGCGCAGAGGCGGCUCAGAUGACGUUCCACCCGGUGUUCGUUCCGCACUCGGCCCCGGCUGUGCUCUCCCACAGCGCCGACGGCAGGGCGAGCUGUGUCUUUGAGUUCCAUGUGCACACGCCGGGCUCUGCCGCGGCAGACGGCGCGGCCCUGCCCCCGCGGGCCCACAGGAGUCGCCGGGGCUCGGCGGACAGCAGCCAGGAGGAGGCGGCCCCGGGCGCAGCGCCGCACGGCCGGCUGCAGCCCGUCACAGAGGAGCGCUGCCACUGCCUUGCUGCGGGGGCAGCGGGGCCCAGAGCGGGCUCUGCCAGGCGCAGCUGGCCAGAAGGAAGCCCAGAGUACUCCAGUGAUUCCUCACAGCUGACUUCCUCUGACACUGGUGAUUUCCAGUCUCCUCCCCCUACAGGGGGAUCAUCUUCUGCUUUUGGUUCAGACUUCUCAUUGCCCAUUGUUCAGCUGCCUCAGAAGGUGUUGCAAGAGUCGCAGCUCUUCAUCUGCUUCCCCCAGGGAGCCUCAACUCAGCAGGCCUUGUCCACCUCGCUUUCAUCAGGACCACCUGCAUCCUAUGCUCAGACACAGGUGCAAGGCCAGCCAGCCUCGAGCAAUGCAUCGGUGCCAUCGCAGCCUGCUCCACACACUCAGCAGAGUGCACAGCAGCCAGCCUCUUCCCAGCAGCCUGGACAGUACCAGCUGCAGCAGCCCUCAGUUUCUGCCAGCACCACUCCUGCACAAACUGUCUCUCAAACUCAGACUUCACAGAUCAUGCCAAUGCCUCAAGCAGCAGCUGGGACACAGCUUCCUGUUUCCCAACCAGUGCCGAUCAUCCAAGGCGAGCCUCAGUUACCUGUUGCAGCAUCUUCUCUCCCUCAGCCUUCAGCUGCCCCGUCAGUCCCCCUUGGCUCUCAUUUCCUGCCCGUGGGGCAGGCCUUGCCGGCUCCCGCGGUCCCCCAGUUCCCGGUGUCCCAGCUGCCUGUGGCAGCCCCUCACGUGACAGUGGCUCAGGCAGGUUUCCAGGCGCUGCCCAUUUCCCUGGCCGCUGGCCUCAGCCAGCCGCUGCUGCCGCUGGCCCCGUCCGCGGCCGUGCCUGCCGGAGCCGGCGGCGUGCCCGGCCAGCUGCCCACGCUGCUGCAGCCUGUGGCUCAGCUGCCCAGCCAGGGCCUCCCGCAGCUCCUGCAGCCGCCUGUCCAGGCCGUGGGAUUGCCAGUCAGCAUUGGACAAGCUGCUGAGGCUUCGCUUCCUGCUGCAGAUGCUCUUUACCAGGGCUUCCCGUCCCGGCUGCCACCGCAGUACCCAGCGGACUCGAACGCUGCUCCUUCCCCGGCGGCCUCUGCCAGCGCUGCUGCUGCCGUGCUGUCCCCUCCCCUGCCCACAGAGGCAGCGGCCCAGCCAGCCUACCUAGCCCCUGUUGUGCAGCCCUAUGGGGAACAGAACGUUCUAGUUUCCGUGGGCAGCCUGGCAGGACAGGUUCAGGUGGCCCAGCCUCCUGUGAGUUUAGCACAACAGGCCUCAUCUGCCUCCUCGCAGCAGGCGGCUGUGGAGGGUACUCAGGGAGUCUCACAGACUGCUUCUUCAGAGACUCUUCCAGCGACACAGCCUGCUCAGUCUACCCCUUUGGCUUCUUCUAUGGAUAGUGCACAUUCUGAUGUUGCUUCAGGACUGAGUGACGGCAACGAGAACGUCCCCGCGUGCAGCGGCAGGCACGAGGGCCGCACCGCCAAGCGCCACAUGCGCAGGUCUGUGCGCAGCCGCUCUCGCCACGAGAAGACCUCCAGGCCCAAACUGAGAAUUCUAAAUGUUUCAAACAAAGGUGAUCGGGUAGUGGAAUGCCAGCUUGAGACACACAAUCGGAAAAUGGUUACUUUCAAAUUUGAUUUGGAUGGUGAUAACCCUGAGGAAAUAGCUACAAUUAUGGUGCAGAACGAGUUUAUUUUAGCAACAGAGCGAGACUCAUUUGUAGAACAGGUACGAGAGAUUAUUGAGAAAGCAGAUGAAAUGCUGAGUGAGGAUGCGAGCGUGGAGCCAGAAGGGGACCAGGGCCUGGAGAGCAUGCGGGCGAAAGAGGACGGCUUCUUCCCGGGCUCACAGAAAUUAGAGUUCAAACAGCCAGAUCCUACAUCUUCCAUGCCACAAAGAAUAGGGGUUCCCUCUAGCUCCUUUACCCAGGUUGUUCACUCUGCGGGAAGACGGUUCAUUGUCAGCCCCGUCCCCGAGAGCCGCCUGAAGGAACAGGGCUUCUUCACGUCUGCUGUGGUGGGAGGAAACGAGGCUGCAGAUAUGGUUGCAGCAUCUCCUGUACAUGGUCCUGGAAUGAAUCUCUCCCACUCGGCAUCAUCACUGAGCUUGCAGCAAGCUUUCUCUGAGAUGGGGCAUGCUCAGAUGACAGAAGGACCCAGCACAGCUCCUCCAGUGUUCAAUCAAACAAUACCACCAUUUCCACCUGCACUUUCUACCAUGGCCAGCAGUGGUGCAACUCCUGCAUCUGUGGCUACUUCUUCAGUGUCUGUUUCCUCCAGCACCGGUGUUUCUCUUCCAGGAUCUGUUACUUUGCCUUCAGAAAAUGCAGCUGUUGGAGCUGCACCAAGCACAAGCGUGCCAAGCUCUGUUUCUCCACCUCCAGCCUCACAGUCCGGACAGCAGCCAGUCGGUGUCGCUCCCAGCGUGAGCACCCCUGCUUCCUUCUCCUUGUCUGCCACGUCCCAGCCCGCCCAAGCAGUGACUGCAGACAUUGCCCCCAGCAGCAGCACGCCCUCAUCUUCAGCACUGCCAUCUGCCCAGGUCCCUGGGGUCACUGCUCUCGGUGCUGCUGCGCCAGCUGUGACAUCUCAGUCUGCUCCUCAGAUUGGGAGUAGUAUGGCAGCACCACAGACGUCUGCUGGCCUGUCUGUGGCUCAGAACGUGGCUGUGCAGCUUCCCCACCUCAGCAGCAGUGGCUCUGUGUCCAGUCUGGCAGAAACAACGGUCGUGAGUGCUCCACAGUCCCUGCCCGAGAGUGGGCACUCUCUGGACAAACCGCACCCCUGCAAUGCAGCUGGCUUAUCUCUUCCAAUCUCUGCACCUUUAUCAUCCUCCAUAGCAUCAAGCAUAGGUGCUUCAGUCUCUCAGCCAGUCAUCCAUCCCUUGCUCGUUCCAUCAGGAAUUACAUCAACUCCUAUCCUGCCCCAGAUUUCAGGUGCAACGCCCAUGUUGCCCCAGGUUCCCUUACCUGGUGUCUUGCCACAACCGGUCACUAACUUGCCCACAGUGCAGCAGACUUUGAUCCACAGCCAGCCUCAACCAGCUCCGUUGCCCAACCAGCCCCACGUUCACUGCCUGGAGGCCGAUGCUGAUGCUCAGUCUAAAGCCCCUGGUAUUGAUGAUAUAAAGACCCUGGAAGAAAAGCUGCGGUCUCUCUUCAGUGAGCACGGGAACGUGGGCACGGUGCAUCCGUCGGUGUCUCUGGAGACCUCGCUGGUGAUGGAAACCACCGUUGUUCCUGGCAUCCCCACCACUGCUGUUGCACCGAGCAAGCCCCUGACAUCCAUUAGCACUUGUAUACCUCCAAGCAGUUUGCCUCUUGGACCCACGGGCUUGCCAGUGCUCACCCCGCUUGCCACUCCCGGGCAGGCGCUGACCCCGGUGAGCUUCGUGUGUGCCUCGAGCAGCGCGGCCACGGCGGCCAAGGCAGGGAGCUCUCCUGCCAAGCCCCCCCUCAGCAGGGCACCGGUGCUACCAGUAGGUUCUGACCUCCCGGCUGGCACUCCAUCCAGUGAGCAGCUGCCGCCUUUCCCAGGACCUUCACUAACUCAGUCCCAGCAGCCACUGGAAGAUCUGGAUGCUCAGCUGAGAAGAACCCUUAGUCCAGAGACCAUCCCAGUGACAUCUGCUCCUGCCUGUUCUGUGCCCUCAGUAGCGUCAACAACGGUUACUGAGCCGGUGUCCACAGCAGCACAGAGCCUGAAGGAUGUGCUGGCGGCGGGCGAUGGCGAGAGCAGCGCGGCGGCGGCCGGCACCGGAGCCAGCGUGCUGAAGAUGGGCCGCUUCCAGGUGUCGGUGGCAGUGGAUGAUGUGCUAAAGGAGGGUGACAAGGCUGAGAGCGCGCCAGUGCCAUUUGACACCACGUCGAGCGACUCGUGCAGCCUGUCUGGCAGCAGCCCCGAGAGCACGCUGGUGCGGCAGGCCGAGGGCCGCCGCAGCGGGGCCGCCCCCCGCGACCGGCCCGACGCCGCUCCCCGCCCCGCACACGCUGCCCAGGCCACCACGGUGGGGCGCUUCCAGGUGACCACGGCCACGGAUCAGGUGGGGCGCUUCUCCGUGUCCAAGGCUCGGGAUGAGCUCAGCUGUGCCCACAAAGAGCCCAUGACGCUUCCUCUCUCUGUGGGCUUGGAACAAGUGGCUGCUUCGGCUGCUGCUCCGAAGAAAGAGUUGGAGUCGAGGCAGUCCCCACACAUGAAUGGUCCAUCCUCUGAUCUGGAGGCUGCCUUUCUAAGUGGCAUGGCCAAGGAUUUGGAUGAUGGCUCAGGGAGCCCAGACUCUGUCCAGCACCUGGGAUCGAAGAUCAGCCUCCCUGUUCAGAGCCUCAGCAACUCCUUCAACUCCUCCUACAUGAGCAGCGACAACGAGUCGGAUAUUGAAGACGAGGACUUGAAGCUGGAACUCCGUCGGUUACGGGAGAAGCACCUUAAAGAGAUCCAGGAGCUGCAGAGCCGCCAGAAGCAGGAGAUUGAGUCCCUCUACAUGAAACUGGGCAAGGCCCCGCCUGCAGUAAUUAUUCCCCCAGCUGCACCCCUGUCAGGGAGGAGGAGACGACCCACGAAAGGAAAAGGCAGCAAGUCCAGUCGUAGCAGCUCCCAGGGACAUAAAAGCCCUCAGCUAUCAGGCAACCUGUCAGCUCAAAGUGCACCAUCAGUGCUGCCCCCCCAGCAGAGCCUUCAUCCUCCAGGCAGCGUGCCAGAGACAGGGCAGAACCAUUUGUUACAGCCCCUCAAACCUUCACCUUCCAGUGAAAACCUCUACUCGGCCUUCACCAGUGACGGCGCGCUGUCGGUGCCGAGCCUCUCGGCGCCGGGCCAAGGGACCAGCAGCACCAACGCCGUGGGCGCCGCCGCGGGCAGCCAGGGGCCGCCCAGCCAGCCCCCCGCCAUCGCCCCCAGCCGCAAGGGCACCUUCACCGACGACCUGCACAAGCUGGUGGACAACUGGGCCCGCGACGCCAUGAGCCUGUCCGGCAAGAAGGCUGGCAAGGGCCACAGCAGCUACGAGGGCCCUGGAAUGGCAAGGAAGUUCUCGGCACCAGGUCAGCUCUGUAUCUCUAUGACAUCUUCCCUGGGUGCUACGCCCAUCCCUGCAGCAUCAGCUACCUCUUUAGGUCCCUUCAGCAAGGCCAUGUGCCCCCCGCAGCAGUUCGGUUACCCGGCAGCGUCCUUCCCCCCGCCCUGGAGCGGGCCGGGGGGGCCGCCGCAGCCGCAGCUCGGGCAGUUCCAGCCCGUGGGUGCCACGUCUUUGCAAAGCUUCAACAUCAGCAAUUUGCAAAAGUCUGUCAGCAACCCUCCAGGCUCCAACCUGCGGACCACUUAGCCGUGCCAGAGACCUGCUGGCCACACCUCGGGACAGGACACGGGAGGGAGAUGGGGCCCUGUAUCACUACUAGUGCUGCAACGAACUGGGAGCUUGCCAGACUGGGAAUGAAUUUAUCUUUUCCAACCAUUGCUGUCAACUCUCUGUAGCGGGAGUUUCCCCACACGCUGGGGAGGGGGAGGAGGAUGAUGAGCAUCCUUGUGAUGGGACAGUGCUUUCCACCGGGGGGCUGCUCUUGUGUGGGACGAGAGCCGUGAGGAGAAGCCGUGGGGUCAGCUCAUACAGUCUUGCUGUAAAGUGUUUCUGGGUGGAGGCUGAAUCCACACGUGUGGAGGUGGCAGAGCUGAACCCUAGCAUGAGGCUUUAGUGCUCUUCUUGCCCCUUCUGAAGAACCGAGAUCAGGAAAAGCUGUCCAAAAAUCCCCUCCUCUCCCUCUCCCGGUCAAUCGUAUCUGGCUCUGAAACGAUGGGGCACACGAACGGACUUGUGGUGCAGCCCGUGCUUGAUAGGUCAUUACUGCUUAAAGUAAGAUAUUAACAGCUUUGACUGCAGCAUUAGAGCAAUUUAAAUUGUUAAAAAAAAAAUUUAAAAGUUCCCUGCGGACAUGUACUUACCAUCAGUUUUGAUGUGGAAACACUGUGAUAUAUAAAUGUUGUUGGACAACAGUAGUUUAAAAAUGAGUGGAAUAUAGAGGGUUAAAAAAGUUAAAAAGAAAAAAUGGGAAAAAAAGCUAGCUAUAUCCUUAUACUUAUUGGAGACACUUUAACUUUUUCCUUUGUAUUUUCAUUGUAUUAGAUAAAUAAAUGUGAAUGUAAAAUUGUAUAAAUUAAUGUACUUGAAUACUUGUCUGUUCUCCCAGUAUGCUUGCUGGAUAUUUUAGUGCCUUGGACUUCUCUUGCUUCUGCAGUUUAGCGUCGUCUUCCCAGCAGAGCCCAGGUGGGCAGAGGCGAGCGGAGGGCAGGAUGUUGUGCCCAUCCCGGCGCUCCGGCCCCGCGGCUCGGAGCAGUGCCGUGUGUGGGAGACUUGUCCAGGGGGCAGAGCUGAAGGUGUGGGGUGACAGGGCCAGGUGGGUGCGGCGGGGGAUGCAGGUGAAGCCACAGCGAGACUGAACCGGUGUUGGCUGGAGGCAGGAGGCUGGGGAGCAGCGGGGACAGGAUGGGGACAGCCCAGCUCAGGGUGCAGAGUGACUCCACCUGCGGAGUGGUGAAAUGUUUGGUCAGGAUGUGACUCGAGGGACAGGUGCCGUUGCUCGUUGGCAGGGGCUCGUCUGCUGGGAUUGCUUUUCUUACCUUUUUUUUGGUAAAAUUCAUUUAAGCCAGGAACAGACUGUCCUGGUGCAACGUCCAUUGCCGGCAAUGGAUGUACUUGAAACAGCCGGCAUCAAGGAGUUUCCUCUGUCUUACUUGGAGGAUUUACGAUUUUGUUCACUCUUAACAAAUUUCAAGCUGGUACCAGGACUGUCACUGUCUGUCACUUGUCACCUCUUAGUACCUGUACUGUAUCUUCUGCUUUGGUCAUUCUCCCUUUUCGUAUUUAAGGAAUACUGGUUUCCUCUUGGAAGUCAAAGUGAUACCAGCCAGUAUUUAUGCAGUGCUGCAGAAGGCUGUGAAGGACGGGGGUGCAGCUCCCUGUGCUCGGGGAGCUCACCUGGAGGCUGGUGCAUGGCAGGGGUGUCACCUGUGUGCGUUUGUUUAGUCUCGAGUGCUGUUCCCGGCUGGGCCUGGCAGGGAGUUCUGUGUCUGCAGAUGUUCUCUUCAUUUCCACAAAGAAACGGGCGGGCCCUUUCCGUUCCUGGCCCUCGCUUUGAGCGCUGGUGGCAGCAGGGCAGCCCAGGCUGGGGGAGCGGCCCGGGCUGGGGGAGCGGCCCGGGCUGGGGGAGCGGCGGGCCCGGGUGAGGCCGGGCAGGAGCCUGGUCCGAAGGGAGGGUGCAGGGGAGGCUCCCGAGCCCCCCGGGAAACGGGAGUCAGGAAUGAGACAGGGGCAGCAGUCGUGGCGGAGGAACGGGGCAGCUGGAUGCAGCACGUGGUUAUUUAAAUUUGAUCUAAUACGUUUGAGGUCGUUUUUUCACUUAAUGUUAUGCAAGAACUGGUUUUAUUUACCAUUGAUUUUUUUUUCCUCCCUCCCUCUCCUCCUGUGGAUGAAUAACUGAAGUCUAGAGGAAUAAACUAAUGCUACUGAACUGUUAAAUUAUUUUGUUUAAUAUUACACUUUGAGUAUCUUUUUCCACAUAAAAUCUGUUUCUGAAUUACAAGCGUUUUCUUUACAUUAUUUAACAAUGUACACUGUAAAAAAGAAAAAUAAAAAAAAAUAAAAUUAAUUGAAACUUUG